AUGCAGUCGGCCGAGCCUUCCACCUCGACUUCGACUUCGACUUCGGUCACGCCCACAAUAGCCCCAGCAGUGACCAAGACGUCCCAUCAGGCCAAGCCAAUCUCGUUCGCCUCACUGGAACCGGCGCUGCACCCCUUGUUGCUCCGCUCUUUGGCCGCUUCCCAGUUCCCCGUCGCGACGCCGAUCCAAGCCUCGCUGAUCCCGUUGGCCAUCUCGACCCAUCGUGAUCUCUUGGCCCGAGCACGAACAGGAUCGGGCAAGACGAUCGCCUACGCCAUUCCGAUCCUGCAUGCUCUGCUCACUCAGCGCGCAGCCAACUCAUCCGCCUCUUCCGUCAAGGGGACCAAGGCCUUGAUCCUCGUUCCGACGAGGGAGUUGGCCGAGCAAGUUCGCGGACAGGUCAACAAGCUCAUCCAGGGUCUGGGGCUUUCGGAUGAUGAUGAGAUUGGCCUCAUCAAUAUCGCCGGUGGGGUAGAUCCAAAGACAAACAAGAAACGAAAAACUGCCAAGAAAGGCGUCGAGGACAAGUAAGUUUCUUCUCCGUCUCGGGUCGGCGCUCCGGCUGGUCACUGAUCAAACGUCCACGCUUGCAUGUUCAGAGUCCAACUCGCGGAUCGACCUUCGAUUGUCAUUGCGACACCCUCGAGGGCAUUGACUCACCUCCGAUCUCAGGUCCGUUCAGCUCGGAAACUCGACGUAGACUCACCAAUGAGACUGACCCCCUCCCCACCCAUAGACACUUCACCUGGCAGACCUGACUCAUCUCGUCAUCGACGAAGCCGAUCUGAUUAUUUCGUACGGCCACUCGUCUGAAGACAUUCGAUCAAUCCUCAAUGGUCCCUGGGGCCUGCCCAAGGUGUACCAAUCCUUCUUGAUGAGCGCCACCUUGACCGGCCAAGUCGAAGAGUUGAAGGGUAUCUUGUUGAGGAACCCCGUAAGUCUUUGACAGUAAUGUUCUUCGAAUCGAAUUGUUCCUCACGCAGAUGCUUUCCCAUACUCCUAGAUCGUUCUCAAACUCGAAGACGACGAUGACGAGAUCGCUAAUCUGUCUCAAUUCUUCGUUCGGCAAGUCCUCCGCCCGCUUAUACCCAGGGCGGCGCGCGUUGCUAAACCUCCUACCUGCUCUCCGCAGCUGCACCGAAGAAGACAAGUUCCUACUCAUCUACGUCAUCCUCAAACUCCGCCUCAUCAAGGGCAAAUGUCUCAUCUUCGUCAACAAUACCGACCGCGGAUACCGCCUCAAGCUCUACCUCGAGAAAUUCGGUAUCAAAUCCGGGGUGUUGAACUCGGAGUUGCCGUUCAAUUCGAGGUACCAUGCCGUGCAAGAGUUCAACCGAGGAGUGUUUGAUUACCUGAUCGCGACGGAUGAGAGUGGCCUGGAAGGGCACGAUCGGGACGGAGCGGCGGAUGAGGAUCUGGCCCCGGGCCAUAUCGAGACGGAGGGGGAGGGUGCACCAACAUGUGAGUGGCUAUGAAGUGCGAGUGCAGAGGGAGAGAAGCAGCUCGUUCUGAUCGACCCAAGUCCUCGUCGCUCGCAGUCAUCACGACUCAACCCGCCGGUGAAACGACGACGACCGAUGCGAGCGCAUCAACCAAGAAGCGCAAGCGCAACACCAAAGAAGCUUCGGUCAAAGCCUCGACGACUGAAUACGGUGUCUCGCGAGGUGUCGAUUUCGUCGAUGUCGCCUGCGUCAUCAAUUUCGAUCUCCCCUUCUCUUCGCGAUCUUACACCCAUCGAGUAGGACGAACGGCUCGAGCAGGGAGGACGGGAACAUCGUUGUCGUUCGUGGUACCUAAGGAAUCGCACGGUCUGAAGAAACAGAAUGAUGUUUCGCUCCCUACGGCAAUCAGGGACGAGACCGUAUUCGCUAGGAUUGAGAAGGCGCAAAAGGGGAGGGGUGGGGAGGUCAAGGAGUACAAGUUUGAUCUCAAGCAGGUCGAAGGUUUCAGGUAUCGAAUGGAGGAUGCGUUGAGGAGUGUGACCAAAGCCGCGGUGAGGGAGGCGAGGAUCAAGGAGAUCAAGAACGAGGUUGUCAACUCGGACAAGCUGAAGGUUAGUUGUCAGAGCGUGAUCCGAUUUGCUGAAUAGACCGAUGCUCAUCCUUCUUUGCCCCUUUGUGAACCAUGACAGGCCCAUUUCGAAGACAACCCCAAAGACCUCGCCUUCCUACGCCACGAUAAACCUCUACACCCUUCGCGUGUUCAACCUCACCUCAAACACGUUCCCUCGUACUUGAUGCCUCGAAUUGCCGCCGUCGGAUCCUCGACCGACCCAGCCGAGGCAUUGAACCAAGUCAAUACGGGGAGUACGAAACCUUUCGAUCCUAGUCAAUCGAGAGUACCUUUCCACAAAGCGCAGAGAGGGGGAAAGGGGGGAGAGGUGGGAGAGGUGGAAGGGGCGGUCACGGGGGUAAGGGUAGUGCGGGUCAGCCGCGACGACAGGACCCGCUCAAGGGGGGCAAGUUUUCAUUUGGGAAGAAGAAGGAGGGCAAGUAG